AUGAAGCGCCAGGGGAAGCUGGACCGGCUGGCGCAGGACAGCUUUCUCAUUUUUCUCUUGAAUUCCAGGGGUGCCCUGCCAGACCACUCCCAACGCCCGCCCGUGCCGGCGAAGCAGCGCGCCCUGCAGAGCUUGUUAGAGAUGAAACGAUCGGGAGAACUUCAACUCUUGGCAGAGGAGAUGGACUCCGCGCAGAAGAAAUUCGAGGCCAAAGCUGCCCAGUUCCGGGAGAUCUCCGCGAAGAUGCGCCGAGGAAUGAUGAACGCCAUGCGGAACGGCGAGCUGGAACGCUUAGUGGGCGAGAUGACCGAAGUCCUCGAAACGCAGGCUGAGAGCAUCCGCUCGCGCGUGCGGAAAGGUGGGAUGAAGUCCGGUGAACGGGAUUCGAUGGACAGAGAAGAAGGGAUGAGCACACCCAGUCUUGAUCAGUUUUGGGUGUUUGGAGAUGUGAGGGGCUAG